AGAGCUGACAAAAUGGCGAAGAAUAUGGAGAACACCAGUUAUCGCAAAAUGGAUGUGGAUGCGUAUGAUCCAGAGAAUUACGACGAAAACGAGGAUGAUUGUAUUCGUGGUAUAAUCGGAGAAGGUAUGCCGCAAAGGCGACAUCAUGAUCUUCGUGGAAAUCUUUAUGUAAAGUUUGAUGUAGCCUUCCCAAAUGAUCACUUUUUGGAAGACGACACGAAGUACAAGAUGAUUGAAACCGCAUUCCCACCAGUCAGGAAAGUUGCAUAUCCGUCGAAUUGUGAAGAGGUGUCUUUGAUGGAAUACGAUGAGAAGCGGUAUCGCGGCGGCAGAGGAGGAGGACAAGCUUAUGAAGAAGACGGAUCGGAUGAAGAAAUGGGUGGUCAUCACGGGCCUCAGGUGCAAUGUGCACAAAGCUAGAGUCAUUCUCAAAUCUUCUCGUUUUUUUUCUUAUUUUCUCUCGAAUCAUUUGGCGAUACUAUGCUUUGAUUGUGAUCUUUAAAUACUAAUGACUUGGUG